GUGAAACCUGCACAUUCACCUGAUAGCUCUUGUGGACCUUCUACAAGGCCGAAACGUCGAGACGGUUCGAAUGCCGAAGAUAGCAUCGCUGAUUGUUCGACAGUUGUCGCCGAUGCGCAAUCGAGAAGUUUGUUACAGUCAGGUAUGAGUGAACUGGAACGACUUCUGCGAGCUAAGGCUUCUGCGAGUGUGAACUCCAACCGCACUCCCGUAUACUAUCGAGUUCUCGAGUUUCUCUCGUGUGGUUCAAUUGAAGCAGCCACAAAUGGACAGCUAUUAUGCUCAAAUAAAAUUGGCUAUUUGCUCGUUAGGGUGGAAUUACCCAUUUUGGGUAAUUUGGAGGUGCCAAGGAGUAAUGGAGGGGGUCGAGAAAUUAGUUUAUCGUGCAGUUGCUAUUUUGUGAUAGAACGCCAUUGUAAUGGUGUUCUUCAACUCGGAUAUGUAAAUACGGUUAGUUGA